AUGAGUGUGAACGGUGAUGAUACAGAUAAAUUCUUGUCUGAUAAAGUUGAUUCCCUGAAGCUGAACGAAUUGAAAGAAGAACUAAAGAAGAGAAAAAUGAAGACGUCGGGUAACAAGGAAGAAUUGGUUACUCCUUUGAAGACAGCGCUUGCUUUUGAAGAAGAGCACGGAGAUAAAGAAGCAGAAAAAGAUGAAACUGGAGAGGAAGAUGGAGAAGACGAAGAAAACUACAGGAGCGUUAAAUACGAUGACGAUGAUGCAGAGGAUAGCAGCGAUAAUGAUUCCAGUCAUAAAAGUACAGGACGAACGAAACAUUUGUUGACUUUCAAGGAUGUUAAAGAGACAAUGGAUAUGUUCAGCGGCGAUAAUUCCAUUAAUGUAAAGCAGUGA